CCUCCCUUCUCUCCUCCCCUCAUCCUCCCUCCCUGGCCGCCUCUCAUCUCCCUGCCGCCGGGCUGGGGCAGUACAGACACCCGAUCCAGUGCGCAGCAGUGGCCCCAGCGCUCCUGUGUGUAACAGUGGCCCCAGCGCUCCUGUGUGUAACAGUGGCCCCAGCGCUCCUGUGUGUAACAGUGGCCCCAGCGCUCCUGUGUGUAACAGUGGCCCCAGCGCUCCUGCGCUCCCCCAGCGGCCCCUCCGCACUGCUCUCACCUUGAGCCGGUAGGGGUGGGAGAGGGAAGACCCCCAGUUCCCUGCUGGAGGCUGGAGCACCCCUGACGCCCUGGGAAGGAGAAAGCUCAGUCCGGGUUUGUGCAAACCCAUAAUGCACCUGACUUGAAGACAUGCUUUUACCCAGAAAUAUCCCAAGGAGUCUUUGCUUAUUCUUACGCAUAGAAAACCCGAUUGGAUUGCACAAGGGAUUUUCCUCGCUUUGUUUUAAUGUGUGGACAUACCGGUCCUGGAUGAUGUCAGAUUAUUUUUAAUUUUUUUUUUUUUUAUUGGUAGAAAACAGAGGAUUUGUAGGUUUCAAUCUUUUUAAAAAUGACGACCUCAUCCAUACGGAGGCAAAUGAAGAACAUUGUUAAUAAUUAUUCUGAGGCGGAGAUUAAAGUCCGGGAAGCCACCUCCAAUGACCCAUGGGGUCCUUCCAGUUCCCUCAUGACGGAGAUAGCAGAUCUGACUUACAACGUAGUGGCAUUUUCAGAAAUAAUGAGCAUGAUUUGGAAGAGACUCAAUGACCAUGGAAAGAACUGGAGACAUGUUUACAAAGCCCUGACUCUCUUGGAUUACCUCAUCAAGACCGGCUCGGAGAGAGUGUCCCACCAGUGUAAAGAGAACAUCUUCGCCAUACAGACUCUCAAAGACUUCCAGUAUAUGGAUCGAGAUGGAAAGGAUCAGGGGAUUAAUGUACGGGAAAAGUCCAAGCAGUUGGUGUGCCUGUUAAAAGACGAUGAGAGGUUAAAAGGAGAGAGAGCUCAAGCCCUCAAAACCAAAGAGAGGAUGGCCCAGGUUGCUACGGGCGUUAGCAGCAACAACCAGAUCACUUUUGGUCGAGGAUCAAGCCAACCCAACCUAUCCACCAGCUACUCUGAACAGGAUUAUGGGAAGUCUGGGGGAUCUCCAGCUUCCUACCAUGGCUCAACGUCACCCAGGGUCUCAUCGGAACUGGAACAAGCCCGGCCUCAGACAAGUGGAGAGGAGGAGUUACAGCUGCAGCUGGCACUCGCCAUGAGCAGAGAGGUUGCCGAGCAGGAGGAACGCAUCAGGAGAGGAGAUGACUUACGGUUACAAAUGGCCCUGGAGGAGAGUCGGAAACAUACUAUUAAAGCGCCCAGAAAGAAGGCACAGCAGCAAACCACUUUGUUGGACCUAUUAGAUGCCCUGCCCUCGGGGGCUCCUGCACCACAGAAACCAGACACCUGGGCAGCAGCGGUGGCAACAAAAAGCAAGUCUGACCCAUGGAAUGUGGCUGCUGUUUCACCGUCUUCCUCAGAUCCAUGGCAGUCCUUUGGCAGCGGUACUAAAACAGCAGCUCCCCAAGAUCCCUGGGGAGGGAAAGCUGGUCCCUCAACACAGUCUCUUUCAAAGAACUCAGACCCCUGGAGUACGCCAAAGGCGGCGGGAAUAGCGAGUUCUCCAACGGACCCUUGGGGAGCUACCCCACAAGUUAAAGCAAAUAUGUCAAAUGCAGGGGGCUUGGCAUUUGACCCAUUCAGUAAUUUAAAUGGCACAGCAAAAGAUGACCUUUCGGAAUUUGACAGCCUCCGAACUUCUUCUAAAGUGUCAGAUUCCAAUUCCACAUUACCUUCCCUGCGCAGCGGCACCACCAGCCCCGACCUCUUCGCUUCCAAGCCUGACAACGUGACGAGCAGUAAGCAGACGUCGGUUCGGAAAACGCCGGAGUCUUUCCUGGGAUCCAACGCAGCCUUAGUAAACCUGGAAACACUUGUCUCCAUGCCUCCUCCCGCGGCCCCCAUACUAAACCCUUUCCUGGCAUCAGGAGCUGCUACAACAACAACAACGCCUCCUGUCAAUCCUUUUCAAGUGAACCAACCCCAAGCUCUGACCUUGAACCAGCUGCGAUCCAGCCCCAUGAUGGGAGCGGGGGCUGAACCCUUGUCUUCUGUUCCCCCUCCAGGGAUGUCAACACUGCCAGCAGCACAUCCAACAGGACUGGGGAUUAAUAUAAACAUGGCGGCCACCUUGCCUCACCAUAGCACUGCCAUGGCGCCAUCUUCCACCCAAGCAGUGAACGCCACUAACCCUUUUCUGCUAUGAAAGUCAUGAUGUUUGGACAUUGCAAGGACGACCAGUUGCCCACUGCAGGGCUAAAAACCAAUUGUACUUAGUGAGAGAAUACAUUUCUAAGCUGUCUGUAUCUUUAUGGAUUAGCAGUACCAACCUGCAGGAAAGGAGAGUGAUGGGGCCCAAGGCUGCUCUGUAGCAAGCAAUAGAAAGCAAACAACUGUGGUGCGUCGGCAAAGGAAUCCAAAAUGGACUCUCUGCACCAAAGUCGUGUUCGUGUCAUCUGCCACCGCUAUUUCCUCUCUCAGAAUGUUCUCUCUCUAUCUGAGAAUGUUCCGUCACACUGGAGUCAGCCUCUGUUUUAUAGAAUGUACUGGGACAUGAAGCAAAGCAUUAGUUCUGUUGGCAAGAGCUUUUGGAUCUUUAGGCAGCAAGAUGCUAACACUGGGGUGUGUGUGUUUCCUGGGCAUCUUAAAAUCGGAGAGAGAGUAGGUCGAAAGAAAUUCCAAAUUGGAAUGAUAUUAGGUUUAUUUAGCCUUUUAAUACCUGGUACCCGCCAUUGUAAAUUAUACCUACUGUGUUUUGUCAUAUAUUAUUCAUAACAGUGACUUUGUCGUAGCUACAGGGGAAUUCUUAUUGCUUACUAUACUACCCCGGCAAAAGAGUUAAAGGGGGUGUGAACACUGUCAGCCAUAGCUUAAUCAAAUGUCGCAGAACUACAACUGCCAGCGUGGGUUAAAGCAUGCUGGGAGCUGUAGUGCAGCAACAACAUGAUACACUGCUUGGAAAAAAACCUUUCCACGGAUCUCCAGGGCCAGCAGCCCACUAAAUGCAAAAGGAUCCUUCAAUAAGAGUUUCUGUACACUGGGUUUCCUGUUCUCUAUUGAUGUCCGGGCCAGCCUGAAACCUGCAGGACCCAUAGCCCUCCCCAUAUAUGAAGUCAACGUGACAUCAUGGAUAGAUGGGUGGGGCACAGGUAUGUAAAGAAUGACAGCUUCCCAUAAGGUAUGGGCCAGAAGUGGGCAAGUUACAAUCAGAUCCGGGUAAAAAAAAAAAAAAAGUCAACCCACAUGUGAGUGCUGUUCUCUGAUGGUGCAAUCAUUCUUGGAGUAAUUAAACAUAUAGAUAUGUAGAUGUUACACUGUAAUCUGGCUUCGGUGCUGGGGACACAGUGCUCUUUAAUGCCUCAACUGCACUGAUUACAGUAUAAUAAUCACAAUAGCCAAAUUUGCCCAGCAAUCGCCUUACGUUCGAUAACAGCAAGAUGGCCGAUGUAGCGCCUGUAGGCAGGACUUUCAUUCGAAGAUCCCUAAUUACAUUUGGAUGCCCUUCGUGGUGCUUGGAUGUUAUCUCCAUGUUUGCAGGGUUUUACUCCCUUACCUCAAGAACAUAUGGGGUAUUUUAAUUGGCUCCUGAUGAAGUUUAGCCUAUAGUCACAUGUUUGUGCACGUGUGAUAGGGAUGGGACAUUGGAAGCUGCAUGGUUUCAAUAAAGCCGUGUCGGAGGUACAUACACACAGUAUACAUAUAUGCAGACUUUCAAACCCUUUCGUUUUAAUGACUGAUUUCACUGUAAUUCUUAAAGGACCAGUAACACCAUAAAGUGAUAUUUUGUUUUCUAAUUUAUAGUUUGUAUCUGCCCAUUCAACUCCUACACAUAAACUGUUGUUCCUUUUAUAAUUCUAUGGAGAGCCACGUGACCCAUCUUCCUGUGUAAGAACUAAACCCAUUGUAUUCCACACAUGCUGCCUCCGUGUUUACACAGUGGCUCACAUAUAUCCGCUGUUACUGGUCCUUUAAGGGAAUUCUGCCCUGUUUCUGCACCAAUAGGCCUUAUAUUUGGAUACAAAAAUAAGAAGCGGUAUCUGCUUUCUGGGACAGGAAUGUACUGAUGUCCAGAAUCAAUCAAGCGACGGAACUUGUGUAGCUUGGCCAUAAAGCCCAAUGAUGAAAUGAUCACAAAUAAAAUAAGGUUACAGGCCCCCUG